UUCCCAGCAAUGGAUUUUCUUUCGUUCACUACCCGUACAGUAGGUGGCGGAAUGCACCUUUAACUUUUGUUUGUGGACCGCCAUAAUACCAGAGAAGAAGAGGACAUCGCUUAGAAAAUGGGGGCUUGCAUGGCCUUGUGCUCCCUUGCUAGCUGUGCCUCCUGUCUGUGUGGCUCCGCUCCGUGUCUGCUAUGUGGCUGCUGUCCCUCCUCCAGAAACUCCACCGUCACCCGGCUGGUGUUCUCCUUCUUUCUACUCCUAGGGACCCUGGUGUCUGUCAUCAUGAUCCUCCCUGGCAUGGAGGCACAGCUCCAAAAAAUCCCAGGCUUCUGUCAGGGUGCGAGCACCAUACCAGGCAUGGAGAACCAGUUUAACUGUGAUGUCAUUGUGGGCUACAAGUCGGUGUACCGCAUGUGCUUCGCCAUGACCUGCUUCUUCUUCCUCUUCUCAGCCAUCAUGGUCCGUGUCCAGAGCAGCAAAGACCCGCGUGCAGCCAUUCAGAAUGGUUUCUGGUUCUUUAAGUUUCUGAUCCUGGUCGGCAUCACUGUGGGAGCCUUCUUCAUCCCGGAUGGAACCUUCCAUACUGUAUGGUUUUACUUUGGCGUGGUUGGCUCCUUCAUCUUCAUCGUCAUCCAGCUUAUCCUUCUCAUCGACUUUGCCCACUCUUGGAACAAGAUAUGGGUGGGGAACGCCGAAGAGGGCAACUCAAAGUGCUGGUUUGCAGGCUUAUUGUCGUUCACCUUCCUCCACUACGCACUGGCCUUCACCUCAGUGGUGCUGUUCUACAUAUACUACACCCAGCCUAACGGCUGCACCGAGCACAAGGUCUUCAUCAGCCUCAACCUCAUCUUCAGCGUCAUCAUCUCCAUCGUCUCCAUCCUGCCCAAAGUACAGGAAGCCCAGCCCCAGUCUGGUUUGCUCCAGGCCUCUCUCAUCUCCCUCUACACCAUGUAUGUCACCUGGUCCGCCAUGACCAACAACCCAAACCGUAAGUGUAACCCCAGCCUGCUGAGUCUGGUGUCAAAUGUCAGCUCCAGUGAGCCCACACCCACCAGUGCCCCAGGACAGGUGCAGUGGUGGGACGCCCAGAGCAUUGUGGGUUUGGUCAUCUUCCUCUUCUGCACUCUCUAUGCCAGUAUCCGUUCGUCCAGCAACACCCAGGUGAACAAGCUGAUGCAGACCGAGGAGGGCGGGAGUUAUGGAGGAGAGGGCGAGGUAGGGGAGGACGAUGUGCGAAGGGCCGUGGAUAAUGAGGAGGAGGGGGUCAGCUACAGCUACUCCUUCUUCCACUUCCACCUCUGCCUGGCCUCCCUCUACAUCAUGAUGACACUCACCAACUGGUACCAGCCUGACACCACCACCCAGGCCAUGCAGAGCAGUAUGCCAGCUGUGUGGGUGAAGAUCAGCUCCAGUUGGCUGGGCCUGGGCCUCUACCUCUGGACCCUGCUCGCCCCUCUCAUGUUUCCCGACCGAGACUUCAGCUGAACAGCCCCACAUGGUGUCACCAUGGGCUUGUAAGAUGUUGUGUGGAAGUUUAUUAUAUAUUUUUUUUAAUACGAGUCAGCAUUUUUGCAUUGGUCUCUGUUGGUGUGUUUAAUCUUGUUUUGUUUUGAUUUAUUUUAUUUGACAUGUUAGGUCUUUUAUCUACCGUGGCUGCGAGGGGUAUGUUUAUCACUACAUUGUUAGGUAUUAUUGGACGCUUUUAAUAUCCAUACUGAGAAUGUUUUAUUGAUUUAGCCAUUCAAUUAUUUUAUUUGCCUAUAUGUGAAACUGCACUUAACUCUGUCUACCUUAACACAAUCUUCUGAGAUGAGCAUCGGUUUGUCCCAGAAUGCACAUAAGUGAACUAUAGCAAAGACUUGAUAACAUGCGCUUAUUACCUCACUUUUACAAUAAUAUAUUAGUUGGGAUUCCCAUGUUGUUAAAGUAGGCCUGGUUCCAGUUGAUUGUAUUUGUUUUUAUUAUGGAUCCCCAUUAGCUGCUGCCAAAGCAGCAGCUACUCUUCCUGGGGUCCAGCAAAAUUAAGGCAGUUAUACAUUUUUUUUU